UGUAGGGGUCAAGGCUACAGCAGACCCUGAAGCUGGUCCCCUUCAACCCCCACAAGUGAGGAGAGACUACAAGUGAGGGACAGAGCAAGGGGAGAGAGAGACAGAGAGAGAGAGAGAGAGAGAGGAAAGAGGAGGAGGAGGGGCAGUGGGCCAGGCUGCUGUCCCCCCACCGAGCCAGCUCAGAUUCCGCUCCAGGAGCAACUCAGCCCCUAGCGGAAGCAGCAGCAGCCCCUCUCCACCAGCGGAGGACAGCAGGCAGACAGAUUUGCAGACAGAGGUGCUGGGACUGGACGUCUUCAGCCCCCAGCCACUCGGCUGGGCCUGGCCCUAUGGCCUUCAAUGACCUCCUUAAGCAGGUGGGGGGCGUCGGCCGCUUCCAGCAGAUCCAGGUCACCCUGGUGGUCCUCCCCCUGCUCCUGAUGGCCUCCCACAACACCCUGCAGAACUACACAGCUGCCAUCCCCACCCACCACUGCCGCCCGCCUGCCCACGCCAACCUCAGCCAGGACGGGGAGCUGGAGGCCUGGCUGCCCCGGGACAGCCAAGGGCGGCCCCAAUCCUGUCUCCGUUUCACGUCUCGCCAUCCCUCCUUCCCCAAUGGCACAGAAGCCAACGGCACAGGGGCCACAGAGCCCUGCAUAGACGGCUGGAUCUACGACAAUAGUACCUUCCCUUCCACCAUCGUGACAGAGUGGGACCUUGUGUGCCAUCACAGGGCCCUACGCCAGCUGGCUCAGUCCUUGUACAUGGUCGGGGUGCUGCUUGGAGCCAUGGUGUUCGGGCACCUGGCAGACAGGUUGGGCCGCCGAAAGGUGCUGAUCUUGAACUACCUGCAGACAGCUGUGUCAGGAACCUGCGCGGCCUUUGCCCCCAACUUCCCCGUCUACUGCAUCUGCCGGCUCCUCUCGGGCAUGUCGCUGGCCAGUAUCGCCCUCAACUGCAUGACGCUGAAUGUGGAGUGGAUGCCCAUUCACACACGGGCCUGGGUGGGCACCCUGAUCGGCUACGUGUACAGUGUGGGCCAGUUCCUCCUGGCCGGCUUGGCCUAUGCUGUGCCCCACUGGCGCCACCUGCAGCUCCUGGUCUCUGUGCCUUACUUCGCUGCUUUUGUUUACUCCUGGUUCUUCAUCGAGUCCGCCCGCUGGUACUCCUCCUCAGGUAGGCUAGACCUCACCCUGAAGACACUGCAGAGAGUGGCCCAGAUCAACGGGAAGCAGGAAGAGGGGGCCAAGCUAAGUAUGGAGGUUCUCCGGACCAAUCUGCACAAGGAGCUGACCCUGAGCCACCGUCAGGCCUCAGCCAUGGAGCUGCUGCGCUGCCCCACCCUCCGCCGUCUCUUCCUCUGCCUCUCCUUGUUAUGGUUUGCCACUAGCUUUGCCUACUAUGGACUGGUCAUGGACCUCCAGGGCUUUGGGGUCAGCAUCUACCUAAUCCAGGUGAUCUUUGGUGCUGUGGAUCUGCCCGCCAAGCUUGUGUGCUUCCUUGUCAUCAACUCCCUGGGCCGCCGGCCUGCCCAGAUGGCCUCCCUGCUGCUGGCUGGCAUCUGCAUCCUGGUCAAUGGGGUGGUACCCCAGGAUCAGACCAUUGUUCGAACUUCCCUUGCUGUGCUGGGAAAAGGCUGCCUCGCCUCCUCCUUCAACUGCAUCUUCCUCUAUACUGGGGAGGUAUACCCCACCAUGAUCCGGCAGACCGGCCUGGGUAUGGGCAGCACCAUGGCGCGAGUGGGCAGCAUCGUGAGCCCGCUGGUGAGCAUGACCGCCGAGUUCUACCCCUCCAUGCCUCUCUUCAUCUUUGGCGCUGUGCCCGUAGCCGCCAGUGCUGCCAUAGUCCUCCUGCCAGAGACACUGGGCCAGCCACUUCCGGACACAGUGCAGGACCUGGAGAACAGGAGGAAAGGGAAACUAAGCCGACAGCAAAAAGAACAGCAGAAGCAGAUGGUCCAGCUCCCGUCCGCAGCAAGAUAGAAGAUCCGCCUCUGAGCGCUAAGAAGAGGCCUUUCAGACAUCCCAAGAGUGAAGGUCCUACAAGCCCUUAGACCUCCACACGAGGAGGGGGAAGGGAAACAGAAGACAAAGUGCUGGGAUUUGUGGUUCAAGGAAGAGCCUCUCUGGGGUUUCCAUCUCUGAACAGAUGCCACCAAUAUUGCAUCAUUAAAAGGUUUUUCUGUGUCUCA